CAAUGGCUGCGCGUUCCAGGGGCGCAGUCAAGCUUCUAUUGAAGCCUCGCUUUGCCUUGCCAUGCUUGUAAAUCCAGCUCGCUGCUCUUUCUUAAACGCCCCAAACCGGAAUGUGAUUAAUUUGCGGGGAGAAGAGAAGAAGCUUUUUCUCUUUUUCGAGGAGGUUUCAGCGUGCAGGAAGUCAGCAAGGGAACGUCUUUAUCGCCUGGAGAAAAAUACAGGGUCUUGGUGAAGGACCAUCCGCCUUGCUUAAUACUUGGAAAAAGUGAAAACAUGAAUGAUUAACAAGACUCUCCAGAACGUGCUGAUUGGAAGCCCAAGGAAUCGUGAGCAUUAUGCCUAGCUGGGUUAUUAUUUCAAGGUCUGCUGUUGCCACCUUGCCUGGAAGAGGACGCCUCUAUUCCAGAUACGUCCUCUCCCAAAAUCAAGCAUGGAAAAGUCUGUUUGCCAAAGGUCGUUCAGGUUGGUCCCCAGCAACCUGUAGUUGCAAGGCCACCCACGUUUUCCCUCUGGGAAAAGCGUUCCGACAUACUUCCACGGAGGAAGAAGACUUCUCUUUCCAUUUGACACCAUCACAGAUCAAUGAGGUCCUCAGGGCGAGCGAGUUAUCCUACACCGUCCCUGAAUUUGACGGGAAAAAUCCCAGCUCGGUGUUGAAAUUCGAGUCCAACCACCUGGGAGCCAACGUGCCAAUAGAAGACCGCCGAAGCGCGGCAACCUGUUUGCAGACAAGGGGGAUGAUGUUUGGAGUCUUUGAUGGCCACGCUGGCUACUCCUGUGCACAGUCAGUUAGCGAGAGGCUGUUUUCUUACCUUGCCGUCUCUCUUCUCUCUCGGCAAACGCUGGAGGAGAUUGAGUCGGCCAUGGAAUCUAUGAAACCAAUCCUGCCUAUUCUUCAGUGGCACAAACACCCCAACGACAGCUUCUUCCACGAGGUGGCCUCCCUGUACCUGGAGCAGCUCAGAGUUUAUUGGCAGGACUUACUGAACUCGGACACAGACCUUGGGCUGACGAUGGAAGAAGCUAUGAUCGGGGCUUUUAAAAGGCUGGAUUCAGACAUAUCGCUGGAAGUUCAGGCACCUGCCAAGAACGAACUUCUGAAGAACAUCGCUCUACAGGUGGCUUUCUCGGGUGCAACGGCUUGCUUAGCUCAUGUCGAUCAGCUUCACUUGCAUGUUGCCAAUGCUGGGGACUGCAGGGUGAUCCUGGGAGCUCAGAACCCCAAUGGCACCUGGUCUGCUUUACCUCUUACCCGAGAUCACAAUGCUUUCAACGAAUCAGAAAUCUCGCGGUUGAAAAGUGAGCACCCAACUUCUGAAGGGAACACUCUCCUUAUGAACGGCAGGUUGCUGGGCGUCCUUAUGCCUUCCAGAGCGUUUGGAGACGUUAUGUUCAAGUGGAGUCAGGAUCUGCAGCAGAGUAUCCUUAAAAACCACUGCAACCUGGAGGAUUUAAACAUCUAUGAGUAUGUCCCUCCGUGUUAUCACACACCCCCUUAUUUAACAGCUGAGCCGGAGGUCACUUACCACAAAAUCAGACGGGAGGAUAAGUUCUUGGUUCUUGCUUCUGAUGGCCUGUGGGACAUGUUGAGUAACGAAGAGGUGGUCCAGCUCAUUGCAAACCAUAGAGUUAAAGAUGAUGUCCAGAAAACUCAUCUCACUUUUAAGAAACCAACCAGUCUGGGGUAUGUGCAAGAUCUACUUCGGAGGAAGGCCCGGACUGCCCAGCCCUGUGACCAGAAUGUGGCGACUCACCUUAUCAGACAUGCCAUUGGUGCCAAUGAGUAUGGAGAGAUAGACCAGGAAAAGCUUAUGGCAAUGUUGACUCUUCCUGAUGACUUAGCACGCAUGUAUAGGGAUGAUAUCACUGUUACAGUGGUCUAUUUUAAUUCAGAUGUAAUUGAUAGCUACUAUCAAGAGGAUGAAGAAAGAUCCUGAGUUGCAUGAAUUCUGAGGGUCAGGAAGGGUUCGCUUCAAACAUUCUUGCACAAGAGCCUGACUCAUAAAAUCUCUGUCCUUCCUUCAGGGGGACCAAGUUUAGUUCUCUGUGAGCCUUGAAUUCCUAUAAAAAAUUAAUUCAUUUUUGGAUUGUAAAAUAAUUUUGGGGGAAAUCAUUUGAUUUUAGUGGAACACUUGGGUUUUGUAGUCAAUGGGGUGUCAGAGAGAAACUGGUAAUAGUUGUUUAAGUGGAGCCUACACUUUGUAGCUAGAAAUGUGCGAGUAGCUUGUGAUGUUCAAAAUGUCUAAAGUAGACCAGAAUGGCAGCUAGCACUCUCCCUUGAUGAGCUCUCUAGAAUGGCCACCAGUGAAAAGAUCGCACGCAGGGGAAGAGGUGAAUUACCUUCCUGAGUGGAGUUGGGCAUUCUAAUCCAUACAAACUGACUUGUACUGAGAGGCAGAGAUGCUACUCCAAAGGGAGCUUACUCUGAGCCCGUCAAAGAAUUAUAUCCAACAAUGCCCCUUUGCCACUGCAUCUCCAUUUCUGCCAGGUCAAAAACCCCUGCCACUGGAGCUCCUUAGAAAGAUAUAGCUAUUUUCAUAGAGUUGUGGAGGGUCAGGGAAACGCUUCCCUGAAUGCAAAUCUAUUCCUGCAAUGCUGAAUGUUGUCUUCCGCUCCCAAGACAUUAGCAUGAGAUUCCUGAUAGCAUCCUCAUGUUACAUUCAUAGGGAAAGUUUCUUUCACCUGGUUAAACAGUGUCCACUGUGAUCAGUUUUCCUCUUUUAUCUUCCUGUUUGAAGGCUUGCAACCCCCUUUCUUUCCUCACCUGAACGGCUACUGUUUAUAUGCUGCAUCAGUUACUAAUUGAGUUCUUGUAGAUAGCACUUCAGGGAUUUCAAACUCCUGUUGGUUGCUUCUGCUACCAUAGCAGUCUUACUGGAGUGUCUCUUGUUGUCUUUAAAAAAAAAGAUUCAGAAAGGAUUAGUAUUUGUAGCUGUGCUGCAUUCUUGAAAUUGGAAGACAUUUUAUGGUGCAAGGAGAUAAGGAUAUAUUUACACCGUUGGAUCGAUGCACAGUGUUGCAAAGGAAUGGCUUUAAUUUCCUAUGAAUGGACAAAUAUUGUGGUUUUUUUUUAUUUAUGUUCGAUCUUUUUUUUAAAAAAAAAAAACACCUGUUGACUAACAUUCUGUUUGAAUACCAGUCAUGUAUGAGUAAUGCACUAUAUUGAUGACUGUUCUCUGAAAAUUUGAGCAGGGUUUUAUUAUAGUACACACUACUCACAGUCUGAAUCAUGAUUUUAGGGGCGUCUGCAACGCUGCAUUUCAUUUCCUUUGAAUGGUUUGCCAAGUUACACUCUGCAUUCUUCACAGUUGAAUUACACUUGCAUUCCAAUUCAACAUAAAAACUGAGCAGAGGUGGUUGUUUUUUUUUUCCCCCAGGACAAACAGCAGAAUUUUCUUUUAGGGAAAUUUUAGAGCUUUUUGAAUGACACAUCUGACAGCAGAUAUUUUCAGACUAAGCUCAGGGAGAAUUAAAAGUCUUCAAAUGACACAAAGGAAGGAGUCGUUCAAAUGAAGCAAUCGAACGAAGCUAGAAGGGUUGAUUAAAUUUGAUAUAGAAAAGAGAAGCCUUUCAUGUCCUCAGUUCUGAGAAUGGCCUGUGGUUUAUAGAAAAACGGAACAAGUUGAUUAAGAAGAAUUGAGAAGCGGAAAGGAAAAGCACAGACCUUGUAAUAUAUUGUGCUUAAAGAUUCAGAAAGGAGGUGGGGGAAAGGACCUUUAUUAAAGGUUGGCCUUAGAACAACAUAAAGGGCUAGUAGUUCUGCUAGCAGUUUGAACAAAAAUAAAAUUGCAUGCUUAGUAAAUUUUAACCAUAAAAUAUUGCUUAGAAACAAGAACAUCUCAAGAUUGUGCAUUUUAUAGGUAAUGUUGCUAAGUAUUAUUGGACUACAUCAAAUUUACAGAAUCGUUUCUUUAUAGUGCAGGGAAAGUCCAACACGGUGCAAGAACAGCCUUCACCUUGUCCCUAAACAAAGUUUUUCUUUGAUCAUCAGUUGUCCAUCAUCCAGCUAACAGGUGGGAUCACUGGAUGUCAUUUUUCUAGCAGGUGCAAUGUAACAAGUAAUAAAGGUAGCUGGAGUUUUCUUCAACAAGACUUGUUAGCGAUUGCUCCUUUAAAACCAUGCUUAUUUUUUUAUUGCUGAUGGUAAAAA